AUGGUUGCCGGCGUCCUUGGCGUCCUCGUCUGCCUCCUCCUCCUGUCACCUCCACUCCACGCCGACCAAACCGUCACCAGCCAAUAUGAUCAAUCAUUGGCCGCGUAUUGCCAAUCCGGAGAAGGCAUCCGCAACUUGCAUACCACGUUUGAUGCCGGCUAUGGCGAUCGCGCCUGGACCAUCACGUGUCAACCGGUCGGCACGACACCAAGCACCUCGCCCGCCAUCUACUUUUCAUCCCAGUUCAGUUACGAGGACGAUGUCUUCUACCAAUGCCCAGACAACGCCUACUUGUCGGCGAUGGAUUCGGAAAACAGCAACGUGCGCAUGGAUCGCCGUUGGCUGUUUGCCUGCACCGACGUGACAGGCGCCGAGUUUUCCAGCUGCUACUGGAUGCAGCUCUCCGACUUUGAGCAAGACUUUGCGUUCGACGCCGCCCCGGGGCAGGCAAUCACAGGCAUCAACAGCACGUUUGAUGGCAAUGUGAACGAUCGCAUGUGGUGGAUUCGCGUGUGCUCGACGGUCUGUAUCAACGGCGCCCUCUCCGGCACCGCCGCUGAAUGCAUCGCACCAACAACAACAACGACCACGGCGCCCCCGUGGGUGCGGUACGGGCCAUCCGAGUACAAGUUCGAUGAUGUAUCAAAAGUUGUGUUUGACGACGCAGAGGCGCUGUGCGAGCAGGAAGGCGGCACCCUCGCCGUCAUCCUCUCACAGGACGAGUACGACUGGGUGUUUGCCGCCGCGUUGAACAUGAGUGCAAACAGGGAGGUGUGGCUGGGUGGCAUUUUCCCCACGCGCGGGCAGCUGGAGUGGAUUGAUGGCUCGCCUGUCGUUGACUUUGGCAUUCCGUGGGUUGACGGUGAUCCUUCUGGGGGCGACUUGGAAGCGUGCUUGCUGUUCAACGCGCUGUCCCGCGUGUACGACAGCAUCGCUGCGAGCUUGGCCAUGGGCGGAACCACAACUGCUUCGGUUGGGUCCACAGUCGUGUCUGCGUCGCGCGUCGAGUCAGCCGUUCUGAACGCGUUUAGUGUCGCGUUUCAGAACGACUCCAUGGCUGGUGUGGCGCUCCCAGGAAACUUUUCCAACUUUCUUCCUGACUCUGGCGGCUGCAGCGUGAUUGACUUUGAGGUGCGCACGGUGAGCGGGUGCAACACGAAUGGUACCGACGACAGCAACAACACCACCAGCACGGCGUCUGUCCUUCGUGUGGAUGAGCUCGACUCGCCCAUUGUGUUUACGUUUGAACUGCCGCCAGGCAUCCCGCGCUACCAGAUGGUGGCCGUGUUCUGGAACGACACGAAGCGCCGCGAGAACUGCACUGUCACCGCGAGCGAAGACUGCAUUGGCGCGUGGGACACGGAGGGCGUCUCCCUCAUGUUUCCCGAUGAUGAUAAUGGUGGUGACGGUGGUGAUGGCAGUAACAACAACAGUGGCAACGACAACAACGACAACAACGACAACAGCAACAGGCGCCGUCGUGAUGCUGCGACGACAACAACAGCGUCUCCAUCCACAACACCGUCAGGUGGCAACAUGACGAUGGUGCAGGUGCAAUCCAGGCACCUGCGUGGCCGCGCGUAUGCCAUCUCCAUUGACUUUACGCUUGAGCCGCCAGAGGUGACGCUGGCCAACUUUGACCCGCGCAACGCCCCUUACGUGUGGGCGCUCUUCUGCUCGCUGAUUGGCUUUGUGCUGCUGGUGCUGCUGUACUCGUGGGUGGAGCUGCGUGCGUACGAGUACAGGGAGCACCUCAUCUCCAGCUUCAGCAUCCCCGCCGAGCAGUUCAACGAGCGGGUGUGGGACAUGCAAGUGAGCAAACACAGCUACCCGGUGGCCCUUCUCAUCCGCUUUGGGUGGUACCUUCGCUCGCGGCACGCCUGGGCUGCGGUGAUCCUGCCACAGGGCAUAUCCGCACGUCCACAGCGCAGCCUCAAGGUGCUGGCGCUGAUCGCCUCCAUCUCCAUGGCUGUGGCCAUGAACAGCGUGUUCAGCUACGCCGCCGUCAAGAACCCGGACAAGAACGUCAACGCCAUCAGCAUCACCCUCAACGGCAGCACCUUCUACGUGCCACUCGAAGGCAUCUAUGCGUUUGCCCUGACCUUCCCCUUCUUCUACCUCCUCUCCAUGGCGUUUGCGCGCUUCCAAACGCUCCUUGGAAAGCUGCAGCAGCUUGCACCGGAGCUCUACACCAACCGCAUCCCGCCGCUGCCUGUCGCUGAGCCCCUGGCUGCCACGUGGGCCGUGUCCUCCAUCAAGCGCGACACGAGCGUGCCCGCGUCCGCGCUGGACGACCUUGACGUGGCGGAGGUCGUGACGCAACAUGUUGCGUCAUCGCGCAGCCGCAGCCGCAGCCGUCUCGGCUCCGCCCUGGGCGACAUCAGCCCACAAAGCGGAUCGUUCUUCCAGGAGAACGAGGAAACAGCGUUUACAGAGAGCACGAUGGAGACUGCAGCGGCCAUGGCGGCGUUGGCGGAGGAGGAGGAAGAGGAGGAGGAGGAGAAAAAGAAGGAGAAGAAGGAGAAGGGGGUGGAAACGGUGCAUGCAGCGAAGAAGCAGAACAACAAAACGGAAACAGCCAGCGGGCGCGUCUCGAACGCCACAGACAAGACGCAGGGCAGCACGCACUCACAACAGCACGAGCACGGGAACGGCGUGCACCGCACCAGCACCGACAACAACAACAACAGCAGCAGCAGCGACCAGCAGGAGAAGGAAGGGAGGAGUGGUGGCGGGGAUGAAGCUGGUGGUGUCAAUGGAGCCAAGCACGGUGAGGGUGCGGGCACAGCGAGCAAGGAAGACGAAGGAGAUGGUGACGGCGCGCAUGUCAGUGGAGAGUACAUGGAAACCACAGCCGCUGAUGCCCAAGGCAAAGAUGGUGAGGUUCUGGUGCUGGAUGAUCUUGCCGCCACGACAGGCGACAGCGACGGUCACACCGACAACAACAACGACGCUGAUGGUGCCGACGACGCCGACAGCGUGACCAUUGUCCUUGACGAUGACAACGAAGAUGGUGGCGGUCGUGAUGGUGGUGAUGGCGGCAACGACAACAGUGACCGGAGUGAUGGUGGCAGCAGCAGCAGCGCUGGCACGAGUGACAACGCUGGCUCUGCGCGUCACAUGGAGUAUCUCGACAUUGAAGGCGCCAAUAGCGGCCACGACGCUGAUGCUGACGAGCUCUAUGCCGUGUACGGCGAUGAUGACAACAACAACAACCACGACGACGACAACAACCAUGGCGAUGGUGAUGAUGAUGUGGCAGCAGACAGCGACGAAGAGGCGGCCCUUGACGCGGCCAUGGCCGUUGCGCUCGACUUUGAAGAAGGCGAUGCGCAGGAGGGAGAUGAUGGUGCUGAUGGUGAUGAGAGCAGGCUGCUGGCGCACGCAACGUCAUCGACAGACACAGACACGCCCGCACGUGCUGCAAAGGACUCUGCUACAAACACCACCACCACCACAACUUCCCGUAAGCCGCUCAACCGCCAGGGAUCGUCUGCGUCGCGCAUCCUCAUCCUGAGCACCGACGACGACGAUCAAGGCGGCGUGGUGGUCGUGGGUGAUGGCGGUGGCGGCCGCCGCAAACAGAGUGACACAGAUGACAUGGAUGGCAGCGGUGGUGGUGUUGUGCUGGAGGGUGCUGGGGGUGGUGGUGGCAGCAAUGCAUCUCGCAACUCCAUGGCGUCGAGGACAUCGUCGUCGGCAUCUGUUGACUCUGAUGCCGAGCUGGCGGCGGCGCUGCGCUUCAGCGUGGAUGUGCGCCCGCGCGCGGGACCGGGCGAGCAGUUGCAACUGCGUCAGCUGCACCAGCAGCAGCAUGCGCCCAACGCGCCCCCGCCUCUCUCGCCAAUUCUGGACGAGGACCACAAGGGCGGCGUUGAUGAGCGCGAUCUCGAGAACGGCACACGCAACGCCACGGGGGCUGACGGUGGUGCUGGCGAUGGAGGCAAGGCGGCGAAGCGUUGGUCAUCGCAGUCAGCCGAGGCUCAUGGCGACGACAACAAUGAUGCACCUGGCCAAGAAGAGACGGUGGCGUCGACCAUGACGCGGGAGGAGGUGCAGCGCGCGUUGAUUGAACUCCACCACAGCAUGAAUUUUUGGCGCCGGUUCUGCUUUGCGCUGUCGGCACUGCUGAUUCUGGCCGGGUGGGCGCUGACGCUGGUGUUCAUGGGCUCUGUGGAGCGCGAGCAGCAGGAGCGGUGGCUCAAGGGGUGCCUUGAGUUUGUGUUUUUGUCUGCGAUUAUCACUGCGCCGAUUGUGCUGUUGAUUGGCGCGAUUCGGCAGCAGUGGAGGCUGCACCGGUGGCGGCGGCGGCACACGGAGGAGGAGUGGGAGGCGCUGAUUGUGGAGGAGAAGCAGAAGACGAGCAGCAUUGCCAUGACCAUGACCAAGGCCAUGUUAUUUACCGAGAUUGGCCGCGCUGUUCGCGCAAACUUUGACAUUUACAUCCUUUAG